AUGCAUUACACAUCCUUAUCCACUUGGUCUCUCCACCUCCAUUUUGCAACUCGCGUCCUGUACACAGCACCCAUCUCUCAUCUUCGACCAACCACUGUCUUCAACAUGGGCUACAAUAUAGCCAUGGUUUCGGACUUUUUCUACCCCCAGCCGGGCGGGGUGGAGUUCCACGUGUACCAUCUAUCGCAAAAGUUGAUUGAUAUGGGCCAUUCGGUGAUAAUUAUAUCUCAUCACUAUGGAGAUCGAAGAGGAAUCAGAACUCUAACAAAUGGCCUAAAAGUAUACUAUGUCCCAUUUUUGAUAGUAUAUCGAAGCAGCGCCUUUCCUACAGUGUUCCUGGCGUUCCCUAUUCUCCGCAACAUCUUCAUUCGAGAAAAAAUAGACAUCAUUCAUGGCCAUGGAAGCUACUCAACUUUGUGCCACGAAGCCAUUCUUCACGGCAGAACCAUGGGACUUCGAACCGUGUUCACCGACCACUCGCUCUUUGGAUUUGCAGACUUUACGUCCAUUGUGGGAAACAAAUUGAUGAAAUUCACCAUGAGUGAUGUGGGCCAUGUAAUCUGUGUGUCCAACACUUGCAAAGAAAAUACUGUUCUUCGAGCAUCUUUGGACCCAUUGAGUGUUUCUGUCAUUCCCAAUGCUGUCGUUUCUGAAGAUUUCACUCCACUAGACCAUCCAAGAGACAGCAACGAAAUCACAAUUGUCGUAAUUUCUCGGUUAUUUCCUAAUAAAGGAGCCGAUUUACUCACAGCUAUCAUUCCCACCAUAUGUGCCGCUCGUCCAAAUGUACGAUUUUUGAUUGCGGGCGAUGGUCCUCGAUACCUCGAUAUAGAGCAGAUGAGAGAAAAGUACGUUCUUCAAGACCGGGUCACCUUGAUAGGCGGAGUCAAGCAUGAAGAAGUUCGCGAUAUCAUGGUAAAGGGCCAAAUCUACCUUCACCCGUCUUUAACGGAAGCAUUCGGCACGGUUAUUGUGGAAGCUGCCUCGUGUGGUCUUUACGUAGUCACCACAAAGGUGGGUGGUAUUCCUGAGGUGCUUCCCAGCCAUAUGACUACAUUUGCAGAACCAGAACAAGAGUCGCUAGUAGAGUCGACACUAUCAGCUAUCGAUCUUGUGCAAUCAAAAAAGAUAGAUACUUCGACUUUCCACGAAGAAGUGGCCAAAAUGUACAGUUGGCAAAAUAUCGCCUUGAGAACAGAAAACGUCUACAACUCAUUAAGCAAAGAAAACGAGCCAUUUUUGACCCGGCUCGAAAAAUACCAUUGUUGUGGGGUUCUUGUGGGCAAACUCUUUGUGCUUUGCGUGGUUGUGGACAUCUUCAUAUUGGCCAUCUUGGACAUCUUGUAUCCAGCUGAACAUAUAGACAUCGCUACCAAAUGGCCCAAAAGACGGCAAAAGAAAAAGGCAUAA